GGCAGCUGCUGAGGGACAGUUUCAUGGUGGAGUUGGUGGAAGGAGCCAGGAAGCUGCGACACGUCUUCCUCUUCACGGAUCUGCUGCUCUGCGCCAAACUGAAAAAACAGAUCGGAGGAAAAAGCCAGCAGUACGACAGUAAGUGGUACAUCCCCCUGACCGAACUGACCUUCCAGGGUCCAGAGGAGACCGAACCACUCACCAUCCCCCAGGUCCCCGAUGAGGAGCUCGAUGCCAUGAAGGUCAAGAUCUCACACCUCCGCAGUGAGAUUCAGAGAGAGAAGAGAGCCAACAAGGGAUCAAAAGUCAUCGACCGGCUCAGGAAGAAAUUGUCCGAACAGGAGUCUCUUCUCCUGCUAACAUCUCCGAGUAUGCCGCUCCGCGCCUACAACAAGAACGGAAAGAGCUACGGUUUCCUGAUGUCAUCUGACUAUGAACGUGCCGAGUGGAAGGAGAUAAUCAAAGAGCAGCAGAAGAAAUGUUUUAAAACGUCCUCCUUGACGUCCAUGGAGUUACAAAUGUUGACCAACUCCUGUGUCAAACUACAGACUGUUCACCACAUUCCACUCAGCAUCAAUAAAGAAGAGGAUGAAUCCUCUGGCCUCUGCGGGUUCCUGAAUGUAAUCGUCCACUCUGCCUCCGGCCUCAAACAGAGCUUAAGUUCAACUUUAAAGACGCACGACGUGAACAACUGGAAAAUUUAUCUCUACUGCACAAUGGAGGUGGAUUCCUUUGGCUUCUUUUCAAAUAAAGCCAAGACGAGAGUGUAUCGAUACACCACUGAACCCAAAUGGAACGAGGAGUUUGAGAUUGAGCUGGAGGGCUCUCAGACCCUGAGGCUGCUCUGCUACGAGAAGUGCUACAACAAGACCAAGCAGAACAAAGAGGAUGGAGAGAGCACAGACCGCAUCAUGGGGAAAGGACAGAUCCCGCUGGACCCUCAGACUCUCCAAGGCAAAGACUGGCAGAGAACAGUGAUUCCCAUGAACGGGAUCGAGGUGAAACUCUCCAUAAAGUUCACCAGCCGAGAGUUCAGCCUGAAGAGGAUGCCCUCGCGGAAACCGAUGGGUGUGUUUGGAAUCAAGAUCUCCACAGUGACCAAACGAGAGCGCUCCAAGGUGCCCUACAUCGUCCGGCAGUGCCUAGAGGAGAUUGAAAGGAGGGGAAUGGAGGAGGUGGGCAUCUACAGAGUUUCGGGGGUGGCCACUGAUAUUCAGGCCCUGAAGACGGCCUUCGAUACCAAUAAUAAAGACGUGUCAGUGAUGAUGAGCGAGAUGGACGUCAACGCCAUCGCUGGGACCUUGAAGCUCUACUUCAGAGAGCUGCCGGAACCUCUUUUCACUGAUGAUCUCUAUCCCAACUUCGCAGGUGGCAUCACCCUGUCUGAUAGUGUUGCCAAAGAGAGCUGCAUGUUGAACCUACUGCUGUCGCUGCCGGAACCCAACCUGGUCACAUUUCUAUUUCUUUUGGAUCACCUGAAGAGGGUGGCAGAGAAGGAAUGCAUCAACAAGAUGUCGCUCCACAACCUGGCGACGGUGUUCGGGCCGACCUUGCUGAGGCCUUCCGAGAAGGACAGCAAGAUCCCAGCGAACCCCACGCAGCCCAUCAGCAUGGGGGACAGCUGGUCUCUGGAAGUCAUGGCACAGGUCCAGGUGCUGCUGUAUUUCCUCCAGCUGGAGACCAUCCCCACCCCGGACAGUAAACGACAGAGCAUCCUCUUCUCCACUGAAGUAUAGAGCAAACACUGGCUGUGACACUUUGACCACGAAGGAGAGAAAAAGACGAGACAGACUUUGGCUCAAACUGAGCCUGUAGUUGUAUGUUUUUUUAAUUGACUGACCAGAUUCCAUUAGGCUCUUGCAGCUGGUUAAGGAUUGUCUGUGGCAAUGCCCGCCCUUCUACACAGGAGGGCGUCAUUGAGCCUCUGGAGCUCAGUGUGUGGUCCUCUGUUUUCAUACCGCUCAUGUUUAGUAUGAUUCCUUGCUCCUCAGUGAUUUUGUGGGUGUGUCUGACAUCUACUGUUUCUCCAUGUUGCCCUUUGUCGGUCUUAGCAUUGAAGAGAGCGAAAAACUUUCUGGAUUCGUACUCAACAUAUCACAAUCUCCAUGUAUCUUUGUGUUUGGGCAUUGUUCUCUAUCUGUGUUUUCUUUUUGGGGACAAUCAUCCAAGUCAAGACUCUCGCAAAACAUGUUUAUUCAUCUCAGACGUCCUUCUACGUCCACGUUGAGGAAAAUUCUACUUGUGUCUUACAUGAUCUCAGUGCUUUGUUUCCGACCAGGGAGACAUUUGCGCCACUUGUGGGAGUUAAAGCAAACGUCCAGCGCUGCCGCAUCACUGGCUUUUUUCUUUGUGGUACAAAAGCCGCGGGGGAAGCAGACAUUUAUAAUGUUCAAGUGUUUACAGCGUAAACAAAACCCGGUUGGAGUCGGAACAAGGCGGCUCAAAGAAGGACUGUAAGAUAGAAGAGGAACAUGAUGACUAGAAAUAAACUGCGACCUGACUGCCAGCAGUUUGUCUGACCGCAAAGAUUUUUCCCUACAUGUGUUGUUUGUGUCUCCAGGUAGUCUUCAGCGUAAAUACCCAGGAAGCAAUAUAUUUUCUAACAUAGGAGUCGUCUGUGUUCAUAUCUUUGCCGAUGAAAUGUCCUUCUUAUUGUAACAUAGGACAUCUUUGCCAAAUUCAUAUGUUGUUUGUUUGUUUCUAGGAAAAAAGGAACAGUUGUAUUUACAGUUACAGUUUGUACAUAAUCUUUAAAAAAAAAAAGUUAUUUUCUUUUUUUUUUAACAAUUUAAUCAUUGUUGCUAUUACUGUAAUUUAUUUUCGGGCCUGGGGGAUGAAUUGGUUUGUUUUUAUGUGAACUUUGUUUGAGGGGUUUGAUUAAGGAAGUGGAAGGUCUUAGCCUUGACUUUAAGUCUUGCAGGAAAUAAGCAGGAUUUAGCCUUGAUCUUAUAGAAACUACUCAUCUGUUCUGUCCAGCCGAUCUAUUACUCAUUUAUCAUGAAGGCAACACACACACACACACAUAUAUGUUGUAGUUACAUACUGUAUGCUGCUGGGGAAAAGGGACAAGCUCUUUAACUGCUGGGUGUUCCUCAGCAGAGCGUCCAGAGACCAUCGCCUGUCUAGUGUAGACAUUAUGCAAUGUCAUAAAACACACACAUACAUAUAUGACAUUGUCUCUAUUAAUCUGUUGCUGCAGACGUGCACUCAUGCAAUGUUAGAACUACUGUAUUUAUUACAACUCAAGUGACCUGAGCACUCAGCAGUUAUGUGCAUUGAAGAGCAUACCUGUUGGUUUAAUGAAGGAAUCUCAUUUUGUUUUUAUUCUAUUUUAUUUCUCUCAGCACUCAAAUGCCCUGACAACUGUUCGUCCCCGUCCUCCCUCCUGUUGAGCCUGAAGACGGCCAAGUUAAAGAAAAGCUCUUAAGAUUUUUUUUUUACUCUAAAACAACAUAUCUGUAUCCUUGAUUUAACAUGCAGGCAUGUUUUUAUUCUCUUUUCUUUGGCUUCUCGUUGCUCUGUUUACAAACGUGUCCUCACACACUUGGCUUUGGGACGCUGUUACCUCACGAGAAUCUGGUUUAUCUCAGCGUGUCACUAUCCCGCCCAUUUAAGGAUACAUGUCAUGGUUUGAUUCCCAUAUAUUCAGUAUCAUAGGCAUGAAGCUCAAAACCAUCUUAUUAUGUUAAUGGAUCUGUAAAGGGCUUGUAAGAUAUCACACGAAGGCAUAGGCAAGAACUUUUUAACAUGAAUGUCCAUAGACUUUUACUGGCGAGAGGAGUCUUUCCUUUUUGGAUACAUAUCAACGCUCAAAAUUUGACGCCCAAAAGACGUUUCUGUCGCCUUUCUCUAUAGAUGUUAAAGAAAACACCAUCACUCAUCAUCCCCCAUGAAAAACGAUUGAGGUUUUAUUCUGGAAGUGUCACUGCGUUCAUUCCCAGCACAGUUUCGUGCACUUUUCUUAUACUGGCACUGUGCACCUCCACCAACUCUGGCCUGUGUAGCAUGCUCACAAUCCUUCCUCGCCUAUAUUCGAGGAUUGAAUCCAUCACUCAUCAGCUCCUCCGCUCAUGCAUCACUUUUAGAAACAAGUCCCGAUUGCCUACACUCGUCUGCCCUAUCGUGCCUCGACACUCCUCCUUUGGUUUUAGCGCCUGUGGUCAAAGAAAUGUCAGCGAACACACGCUGACGCCGGAGAGACGUCGCCCGGUCUCCCGUUGCCUUUGCUGAGGACGGCCACACACCCCUCAUCUCUUAAACAAAAAGCUAAGACAGGACCUUAAACUUAAGCACGGUCUUAGCUCAUAUUGUAAACGCCUGCCACCCUCGUUCGACUGUGAUGCUGUAAAAACAAACUGUGUCAGUCUGAAAGGGGCAAAGGACAGAAUCUCCUGCCCUUACAGUAUGUUUCUGUUAGCUCUUAAAAAGUCUCAGCUCCUUUAAUGCCUUUUAUUUGUAUUUAUUAACCUAGUUUGCUAUAAGAAGGUCUACUGGAUCUAUUUAUUUAUGAUAUAAUGUCACGGAAAACUGAAUUAAUGUUGGAAAAAUGGUCUUUUAUGUGGGAAAAAAAAGUCUUAUGUUACAGUCUGCUUAUCGAACAUCUUGUUAAAAGUUAUUUCAGAAUCACAACCACUGCGAACACCUUUUUUAACUCCCCCCGACUCCUGCAUCGUCCAACAUCAUCCUCUCUGUAGUUGUUUGUCUUGUACAACAGACUGGCCACUGUGAUUGUUUAGCUUUCUGGUUUUUAGAGAAAAGCAGGUGAAAGUUCCAAAACAAUUCAAAAAAAGUAGAUUCAAACUUCUCCUACUUCUCCACAGCGUUGUAUAAUAUGUAUUAUACUAGAGAGUACUUAAAUUGGGGUUUUUGGCUUUUAUUUAUUGUGGCGUCCAUUGGCGUUAGAUGAUGAUGAUGAUGUUAAAGAUUGAUCUGGUUCACCUCUAGUCUCUUUGAAGAAACCAAACUGUCAGUAUAUGGUAGAAGAGGGAAAAAAGUCCUAUAUUAAUCUAAAAUCUGAUUCUUUAUUUUUGGUCUGUUGAUUGUCAGUGUAUCUGCAUGUACCCUCCAUAACACGGUUCCCUCCAUAACCUCAGUUCUGCACAUGGAAAAGUCAACAUAGGCAAAAGAAAGGUUUAGUUUUUCUGUGCAAUAGCCUGAAACUAUGGAACAUAUUGCUCUAUAUGAAAGUUACAAAAAUUUUGCGUUUAUUGUACAUGACACCUGGAAAUGAUCACAACAUUUUCAUACACUUAAUAAGUAGAAUUUGAAAUGACCCUGUGUAGCCACUAUACUCUGAUACGUCGACCUCUGAGGGAAAAUGCUCGUUUCUCCUUUUAUCCGUAAAGCUGAGGACGAGACUUGCUGACCAACCACAAACAUGUUCUCUUUUUACCCUCCUCGACUUAUUUUGACUCUUGUUCCCUGUUGAAUAUUCAAUGUUCUGCUUGUAGAACUGUAAAAAGGAAUACUGUAUUCUGAGGGCAAACAUGUUUGGAAGGCAUUUGCAGCCUAUGUUUGUACACAAAAAUGUUAAAUAAAAUCUCCUGUAUCAACAUA